ACUAGAUUCUGGCGCUGCAUCCACGAGGAGAACGUGCCACGCGGUCGACAUCGAUGCUUCAUCAUCUUUCACAUUCCCCUUCAAGAUGGAUUGUAUAAGCUCUCGAAAUUCAUCUUGCUCAGUAUGGAACGAAAGGCUAACGUUCCUAAGGAUUUAGUGAAGAUAUCUGCUAGUUGAAGAUUAUUCCUGAUGUGUAGCGGCUUUAUCACACCUUCUAAGAACUUCUCUCUCACUAUGUGGCAAUCGAUCUCGAUGUACUUUGUCCUCUCGUGGAAUACAGGAUUCGAGCAAAUAUGAAUGGCUGAUUGAUUGGCUGAUUGAUUGUCACAGUACAAUGGAAUAGCCUUCUCCACCUUUAUUCCAAAGUCGCUGAGAAGAGCAACAACCCAUACUAUUUCACAUGUUGCUUGAGCCAUAGCUCUAUACUCAGCUUCUGCCGGUGAACGGGAUAUGGUGUUUUGCUUCUUUGCUUUCCACGAUAUCAUUGAGGAUCCAAGAAAGAGGCAAUAACCAAUCAUCGAUUUCCUUGUGUCUGGGCAUGCAGCCCAAUCUGCAUCAGAAAAGAUGCUCAAGCUCACUUUGCUGCUGCUUGACUAGAAUAGGCCAUGUCCGGGUGAACUCUUCAAGUAUCUGAUGAUCUUUUCAGCUGCUUCCCAAUGUUCAUCACUCGGAUUUGAUACAUAUUGACUCAACUUAUGCACUGCAAAGAUUCAGCUUCUUCUUCGGUGUUGUAAAGAUGGUGGAGACACUUUUUGAAGAUAUAUUUCGAAUUGAUGCGAUAGAUGCAGAUGGAAAAAAGUUUGAUAGGGUCUCUCGUAUUUCUGCUAGGAGUGAGCAGUUUGACAUGCUGAUGCACCUUGAUGUCAACACUGAGAUUUAUCCGAUGCGUGCUGGGGAAAAGUUCAUGAUGGUAUUAGCGUCCACUUUGAACUUGGACGGAACUCCCGAUUCUGGUUAUUACACUCCGGGUAACAAGAAGUCGCUUGCUGAUAAGUUCGACUAUGUCAUGCAAGGUAAACUGUACAGAAUCUCUGAGGAAUCUAGCGAGAAGCAAGUCAAAGCGGAUAUAUAUGUCUCAUUCGGUGGACUCCUAAUGAUGCUCAAGGGGGAUCCUUCCAUUGCUGCAAGAUUUGAGCUUGACCAGAAGCUGUUUAUUCUAAUUAGGAAGGUUUGAGUUAGAGAUGUUACUAGGCAAAGAAAAUGUCUCAACUUUCGUACUAUGCUAUUGGCUACCUUGUUCCCUGCAUAUGAAUGCCUGAUAAUAUAUUGACAUAACUUGUCGACUACUUGUUUCAUAGAAAUGGUGGAGCACACUCUCUCACAAACACUCAUUAUGUAAACAUAUGACAUGAGGAUUUCUUAUGUAUGAAUAAAUGCUGCUAGUUUGUACUA